ACUGAGUAGAUUUACAUUUCUCGUCCUAUUUUUUUCCUCAAAAUAAUUUGUGAUAUUGUGUUUCACUGAAGGAAUCAUACAGUUCCGUAUUUAAACUGGAGUAGCUGUUUGCGGAAAAUCCCAAUGAUUUCUAUGCUCCAUUUCCUGAUCUUAUCUAUCAUAUGCUUGCUACCAGUUUUGGGAAGCAGCUAUGACCACCUGGAUUCAUUCACAGACUCGUUGCUGCGUGAAGUGAUGAGUCGCAUAGGGAAUACUGACGACGCUCUCAAUCCCAACUUCGAUAAUUACGCAAUGAGUGAAAAUGGGGAUCCUCCACAGCAAAAGGUUAUGAAGGAUUAUCCAAGAGCUUUUGAAGCUCGAAGAGACGCAAUUUUAGGCCGGGAGCCUUCCAUAAGGGACCAAGAAUACCUCGAACAUAGCUCUCUCUUCGGUCAUCAGUAUGUUCAAGGUGGAGCUGGUGAAGGUUAUCAGAGACUAAAGCCUGAUGGAAGCAUGAAGAACGUCGAGGUUGUGAAAACAGAUGGAGCUUUGCCAGCUUAUUGUGACCCUCCGGAUCCAUGCCCCCUAGGUUAUACAGCUGAUGAUGGUUGCUUAGAAGAAUUCGUCAACACAGCGGCUUUUAGUAGAGAAUAUCAAGCGUCUCAAGAAUGUAUGUGCGAUUCAGAACACAUGUUCGACUGUCCCGGGGCUACAAGAGAAAAUGAAAUUGAUGCUUUAGCAAGAUCAUUGGAAAACGAAGGACUAGCGGAGGCUGCUUUAGAUAGACUAAUGCAAAACAUGGAGAUUGAGGGGGAACACAAAAUUGUGGCGAAGAAAUUUUUUUCACACCAGCCCUCAAAUCCUUAUCUGGAAGGAGAAAAGCUGCCAGUUGUUGCCAAAAAGACACCCAAGACAGCCAUGAAAUGAUAUAUUAUUUACUCAUAUCAAUUACAUCAGUGAUAUUUUGUAGACUUCUGCCAAUGCUUUAAAUGUAUAGCUUUCAUCUACUCGCACUAGGGUCUUCGUAACACCUGUGUCUGAAUUGACGUAUACUUUCAAUAGUGUCUCUUCGUUGUAUAUUUAUUCAAUUUUAUUUAUUUCGGUGCAAAUUAUGUUGAAACUGCAUAUGAAGUGAUUGGCUUGUUUUUCAAUAAGCAGAGAGCUUUACCUGUACAUUUUGAGAAAGUUUUAUCUGGAAAGAAAUUAUAAAUUUAUUGUUGUUGA